GAUCAACAAACGGUUAUUUCGUUCGAAAGCUUUGAGAUUCCCCAGCCUAGGGAAUUUACAGAAAGUAUCAUGGCAUCUAAUCAAUUCGUCGUCGCGUCCCCGCCUACGGAUGCUAUAUCCGCGCUCAAGUUCUCGCCCAACCCCGACUCCACGCGCAUCGUUGUCUCGUCGUGGGACAAGAAUGUCUACCUGUACGAUCUCCGGGAUGAGAAUGGGGCGGUAGGGGAGGGCAAAUUGCUGCAGAAAUUCGAGCAUCGCGCGCCGGUGCUAGAUGUGUGCUUUGGCGCAACGGAGGAUGAGAUCUACACGGCCGGGCUGGAUUGGGAUGUGCGGAAAAUCGACGUCGCCUCGUCCACGCAGACCGUCCUCAGCACGCACGAGGCCGGUGUCCGCAGCGUCGUCUACAGCCGGGACCACCACCUCGUAAUAUCGGCCUCGUGGGACUGCACGCUGCAUGUGCACCUGACCAACGACCCCGCCACGCUCCCCGCCGUCAUCCCGCUCCCCUCCAAGCCGUUCUCCAUGUCGCUGACGGCCACGAAACUCGUCGUCGCCAUGGCGUCGCGCGCGCUGCACAUCUACGACCUGAAGGCGCUGGCCCUCCUCACCGCCCAGUCGGAGGGCUCGGCCCCCGGCGCGCUGAACAAGGUGGAGGUCGAGCCCUGGCAGCGCCGCGAGAGCAGCCUGAAGUUCAUGACCCGGUGCGUCGCCUGCAUGCCCGACGACGCCGGCUACGCCUCCUCCAGCAUCGAGGGCCGCGUCGCCGUCGAGUGGUUCGACCCCUCCGCCGAGUCCCAGGCCCGCAAGUACGCCUUCAAGUGCCACCGCCAGACCGCCGACGAGGUCGACAUCGUCUACCCCGUCAACACCCUCGCCUUCCACCCCGUGCACGGCACGUUUGCCUCCGGCGGCGGCGACGGCGUCGUCGCCCUGUGGGACGGCAUGGCCAAGCGCAGAAUCCGCCAGUACCAGAAGCUGCCGUCCAGCGUGGCCGCCGUGGACUUCAGCGCCAACGGCAAGUACCUUGCCAUUGCCAUCAGCCCGGGCUUCGAGGAUGGCAAGGAGGACGUGGCCGAGGGAACGGUCAAGAUCUUCGUGCGCGAGCUGGGUGAGACGGAGGCCAAGGGCAAGGGUGCUAAAUAAAUCCACCUUACCUUACGCUUAAAACCUAAAUCAUGAAAUCUAUAUCCUGUGAUGACUGCACACUGAGUCCACCUCCAACAACAACCCGUCUCGGGGUUGUACAGUUACUGGAGACUAG